UGAAGAACUCGAUGUUGGUCACAUGGUCCACCGCUAAUAAAACCGAGAGCGUUGUUGAGUACGGUCUGUGGGGCGGGAAGCUCUUCAGUCACACGGCGGAGGGAGACGCAAGCGUGUUUAUCGACGGAGGGCCGGAGAACAGAACGAUGUACGUCCACCGAGUCACGCUGACCGAUCUGACCCCAGCGGCUUCAUACGUGUAUCACUGCGGCAGCGACGCCGGAUGGAGCGACAUCUUCUACUUCACGUCUCUGAAUGAAAGCGUGAGCUUCAGCCCCAGAUUCGCUCUGUUUGGUGACAUGGGCAACGAAAACCCUCAGUCUCUGAGUCGACUGCAGAAAGAGACGCAGAUGGGGAUGUACGACGUCAUUCUGCACAUCGGGGAUUUCGCGUAUGACAUGCACGAGGUAAGAAACACAGCUGGCCAUGUAGUGCCACAUCAGUUUUGUUAAUAUUUUGAAUUCAUUUUAUUUUUAGAUUUUCUGCUUUCAUGUUAAUUUGAACGACUCGAGGGAAGUAAAUGAAGAUAGAACGAUUAUUUUCGAGUGGACAGUUUUUGCUGCUGUGUUUUUAAGGCGUCUAUAUUUAGCACAAGACUACAGAAAUCAGUCAAAUCAAGUGAUGAUCGACCCGAAUGUCUAAUGUUGCCCGUAAUAUCAUAAUCGGUGACAAAAACCACAAAUACAGCUGUCAAACUUUAGUGGAAGCACAGUGCAUCUGAAAACUCAUUAGAGCAACGACCACAAAAU